AUGGCCAUGGCCGUGAUCCGCCUAGCGCGCCCCGCCGCCAUGCGCCCGCCGUCGGCCGCCGCCGCGUCCCCGUCGCUACGGCCACGGCUGCGCCGCCUCCGCGUCGUGAGGUGCCGCGCCGGCGGGGAGGGAGGGAAGGGGGAGGAGGAGGGCGAGGCAGAGGCGCCCGAGUCGCUCUUCGCCAGGGAGCUCCGGCGGCGCGGGAUGGCGCCGGGGGCCGCCGCUACGCCCGCCGCGGGCGCUAAUAAGGAGGCGGAGGAGGGGGCGCCCGAGACCGGGGCCAAGCGCCGGGUGGCGGCCGCCGAGUUCGAGCGCGGCGCCGCGGCCGACGGCCAGCGGGAGCGGUCCAUGGCGCUCAACAGCGAGGGCCUCGAGGGUCUUGUUCCUCGGGCAAAGUUACUACUAUCACUUGGCAGUACCUUCUUUCUGGCAUUUGGGCCCCUGAUUCUUGUCACCGUUUCUCUUUUUGCUGGUUUAUAUGUGUACUUUGGACCGAGUUUUGUACACGAUGCAAGCAAGACACCGGUGUCGCUGCCACCGUACAUUGAUCCAUACGAGCUACUGGAGGACGAGAGGCUCAGCCGGCCCUCCCCAGAUGUGUUCUGA